GGCGGCGGUGAGGAGUCGCACGGGAGAGAGAGCCGGGAGGAGGGCAGCAGUACAGGCAGAGGGGAGAGCGGCGCAGUCAGAGAGGAGACUGCAGCACUGCGGGGUGUAAUGACAGGCGCGCUGGCUGCACACAGCACACGACUGCUGCCAUAAGAGCGCCAUUUUAAUUCAUUGGGGGCAUCUGCUUGCGCGUCCUCUAGUGCCCCAGUGCAGGCAGCGGGGUAUGUGCGUCCGGCUAGAGCUGCAGGUCUUUCCCUGCGGUCUUCAGGGGGCGGGGAGGGGGAAUCUUUUCUGUUGCCAAGAAGAGCGGAGUGUGCAAAUGUAAAUAAGCCUCUUCCUCCUCCUCCGCUGCUGGAAGAUGAUGAUGAGGAGGAGUCCCAGGGUCCCCACCAAGACUUUGUAGCCACCGAGGAAGAGCCCUGCCUUCUAGCCACCCAUGCACCCCGGGGAGAUCCCUGGUGGCCAACUUGUAGCCCGGCACGGAUAACGCACCGGGGCGUGGAGAGCACUACCGCAUCCUUCCUCGCCGUUCACAUGCAUUGAUCCGCGGAUACCAUGUUGGCAUGCUGAUGCUGGAUCUGCAUGUCCCCCGCCGCUCUGCCCGAUCUCUGAUCGCAGGCUAGUUCUCCCCACAGGGACAUGCAGGAGGGUGGCCGCGGCACAGGAGCCCCGCACGCAUUGCCAUUGAUUGGCAGCAGAGACUGAAGGCUUUGGAUUUGGCUAAGGAGGCAUCAAAGCAUGGGCUGUGCUCCAAGCAUCCACAUCUCUGACAGCAGGGUGGUGUAUCACAGUGGCAAAGAGUCAGACGACUCCAACUCUCCCCAUCAGACCAACACUGUACUGUCUGGGCAAAGCAACUCUGUCCCUGGAUUAUUCAUUAAAUCCUCCAACACAUCCACUUAUAAGGUGAGGGCUAAUUCCUUUAAGACAGACGGGAGGGAGAACAGCCUGAGCAUGGAGGCAGAGAUCCCCCGCAGCAGAUCCAGUGUGAAGGCAGCUGUAACAGAGGUGCAGUUUGGUCCGAUGAGACUCCACCAAGAUCAACUUCAGGUACUUUUAGUAUUUGCCAAAGAAGAUAGCCAGAGUAAUGGAUUCUGUUGUGCAUGUGAGAAAGCGGGCUUUAAGUCUAACAUUGCCAAGACGCCGGAAUCUGCUUUGGAAAGCUUUUUAGAUAAACGUCAUGAAAUUAUCAUUAUCGAUCAUCGACAGUCGCGGUGUUUUGAUGCAGAAGCUCUAUGCAGGUCCAUCAGAGCUACCAAACCUUCAGAAAACUCUGUCAUCAUUGCUGUCGUUAGAAAACAAAGUGAUCGAGAUGAAACGUCGAUAAUGCCUCUAAUAUCUGCAGGAUUUACCAGGAGAUAUGUGGAGAACCCCAAUGUCAUGGCCUGUUACAAUGAGCUUAUUCAGUUAGAAUAUGGAGAAGUGCGUGCACAAUUUAAAUUAAGGGCUUGUAAUUCACUAUUUACUACGUUAGAGAAGAGUCAAGAAGCCAUUGAAAUCACAAAUGAAGAUCACAAAAUACAGUAUGUGAAUCCUGCGUUUGAAAGUAUGAUGGGUUAUCAAAAGGAUGAACUAUACGGAAAAGAAUUAAUUGAAGUGCCUAAUAAUGAAAAGAAAUCAGAUUUCUUAGAUUCCAUUAAUUCUUGCAUUAAAACUGGAAAGGAAUGGGAAGGUGUUUACUAUGCCAAAAACAAAAACGGUGAUAAUAUCCAGCAAAAUGUGAAGAUAAUUCCUGUUUUUGGACAUCGAGGUAAGAUCAGACACUAUGUGUCUAUUAGCCGGCCAUGUAAUGACAACAAUAAGGUAGAAAAACAGUGUGAACGAGUUCAGGCCGAGUCUCAAACAGAUAUCCAGAGCUGCAGACACAAGGACAGGCGGAAAGGUUCCUUAGAUGUCAGGUCAACCACCUCCCGAGGAAGUGAUGGUAGUUCACAAAGGCGGCAUUCUUCAAUGGCCAGAAUACAUUCAAUGACUAUUGAAGCCCCUAUUACAAAGGUAAUAAACAUCAUCAAUGCUGCACAAGAAAACAGCCCUAUGCCAGUAGCAGAAGCUCUGGACCGAGUUCUGGAGAUCUUAAGAACUACAGAAUUGUAUUCUCCGCAGCUCGGAACCAAAGAUGAGGAUCCUCACACCAGUGAUUUGGUUGGAGGUUUGAUGACUGAUGGUUUAAGAAGACUUUCAGGGAACGAGUAUAUCCUCUCAGCAAAACAAGUCCAUCCGUCUUCUGGGCACUUGAUCUCAUCUCUCUCCCUUACUGACAUCCCACCUCGGAUAGCUCAAGCAAUGGAGAAUGAAGAAGACUGGGAAUUUGAUAUCUUUGAAUUAGAGGCUGCCACUCAUAAAAGGCCUUUAGUUUACCUUGGCCUUAAACUGUUUGCUCGGUUUGGGGUUUGUUCAUUCCUAAACUGUUCAGAAGUUACUUUGAGGUCCUGGCUGCAUGUCAUUGAGUCAAACUACCACGCCGGCAAUGCAUACCAUAAUUCAACACAUUCUGCCGACGUCUUACAUGCCACUGCUUACUUCCUGUGCAAAGAGAGGGUGAAGCAAAGCCUGGACCAGAUCGAUGAGGUUGCUGCUCUUAUUGCGGCCACGGUUCACGAUGUCGAUCACCCUGGAAGAACAAAUUCAUUCCUGUGCAAUGCUGGGAGUGAACUGGCCAUCCUAUACAAUGAUACGGCAGUGCUGGAAAGCCAUCAUGCUGCACUGGCAUUUCAGCUGACGACAAGAGAUGACAAGUGCAAUAUAUUCAAAAACAUGGAAAGAAAUGAAUACCGCACUUUGCGGCAAGCGAUUAUCGACAUGGUUUUGGCAACAGAAAUGACAAAGCACUUUGAGCAUGUCAACAAGUUUGUCAACAGCAUCAAUAAGCCAUUAGCUGCACUAGAGGAGAAUGGGGGAAACAUCAGUGAUGAUGAGUCUGUCAAAAACAUUCUGACAUCUCCAGAAAAUCGAAUACUAAUAAAGAGGAUGCUUAUCAAGUGUGCAGACAUCUCCAAUCCAUGCCGAGCACUAGAGCAAUGCAUUGAGUGGGCUGGCAGGAUAUCGGAAGAGUAUUUUGCACAGACAGAUGAAGAGAAGCGGCAGGGGUUGCCUGUGGUAAUGCCCGUGUUUGACAGGAAUACGUGCAGUAUUCCUAAAUCUCAGAUCUCAUUUGUGGAUUAUUUUAUCACCGACAUGUUUGAUGCAUGGGAUGCAUUUGCUGACUUGCCGAAUUUAAUGCAACAUAUGGAUAACAACUUCAAAUAUUGGAAAUCACUAGAUGAAAGACAGCUGAAAACUCUGCGACCGCCCCCUGAAUAGCAGAUUCUAGCACCCACUACCACCUCUCAGCCAAUGAAGCCCUCCCUCACAAGGGGUCCAAUUAGUUUUGGUUUACUCAUCGUUGCCAGAACCUGCUUCUUCAUCCUACAGGAUGUUCAUGUAACAAGGAUUGUCAGGUCAAUAGAUACCUCCAGUACCUGCAGUAAACUUCGAUAUAAAAAUAUCUUUAAAAAAAAAAAAAGGCCUUUUGCAUUAACUUAUCUCACAA